AUGCCCCUCCUGGACCUAGGUCAACGCCAGCAUGGCUUCACUUCCAUCAGCGUGAUGAACGAAGUCGCCCGUAUCCUUGAUAUUCCGCCCAUGCGAGUCUACGAAGUGGCCACCUUCUACACAAUGUACAACCGCGACCCGGUAGGAAAGUACCACCUUCAGGUAUGCACCACUACGCCGUGCAUGCUUUGCGAUUCCGACAGCGUGAUGCAGGCGGUCGAGAAGUUCCUAGGUGUGAAGCCAGGGCAUACAACCCAGGACGGGAUCUUCACUUUUAGCGAGGUGGAGUGCUUGGGGGCUUGUGUUAAUGGCCCGAUGGUUCAGAUUAAUGAUGAUUAUUACGAGGACUUGACGGCCGAGAGUGUCACAAAAUUGCUAGAGGCAUUGAAGGCUACAGCAGACAGUUUGCCAGAGCAGGCAGCUACUUGGGAUGCUCCUGCCCCGGCCCCGACCCGGACCCCGACCCGGACCCCGACCCCUCGUCCGACGGGCAGGUCAUCGGGAAGGGGGAAGGGUGCGAUUACGGGGAAGGGUGCAGGGGUUAGCAUGGGGGGUGCUGUCGGUAUGUUUUCACUGCGACCUAAUCCCUCUAAUAGUGUUCUUAGUUUUAUCUUAUUUUUUGUCACCUCUGCUGAUAUAUGGUGGCGGCUGUGAUUAGGUAAACCCCCAGAUAAAGUGGUCAACGGUGUGAGAGUCCCCGCGCCUGGGCCACUGAGUGAGAGAGUGACUUGCGAGCCCGCGACUAAACUCACUUCGCUGACAGGACCGAAGUGGUCGACAGAGGUGUGUAGAGAGGACUUGUAGUAGAAAUAUCCUGUUGCGGAUGUAGAUAGCAGAUAUAGUAUACAGAUGCGAGGCAGGCACGGAUAUCGUGCCCAAAUCCAAAGUAGGUGGAACGACCGACCCGUUGAGAAAGGAGACACAGGUCUGCUUCUGCGCUCUGGGACCCGUUGUUUCCCUUUUCGCUAAAUCCGCAUGGCCGUGA